AUGUCGGACUGCGCUCCACUACUUGCACUGUUAGAGCUCUCCAAUGCCAUCAGGUCUGGCCAGAAGAUCCCUCCGAAGAAGAAAGAGACGACCAAGGGACCGAUCGAGAGCAUCAUCGAUGACAUGAAGAAACACCCCGACGAUCCCGAGAGGCUCGACGAUGGGAUUGCUAUGCUCUCCGGCUAUGCUCUCGUCCCCCACAACAACAACGUGCUGGUGAAGUGCGGAGGGGUCGAGGUGAUCAUCGGCGCCAUGAAGAAGCAUAUCGAGGAGACGAUGCUUGUCAUGUCCUGCCUUGGAGUUCUUCAAAACGUCGCCGUCAACCCCAACCACUGGCAGAGACUGCGCGAGGCCGGGGUAGUCAAAUCUUCAAUGCUCGUCGUGAAGCACCACAAGUCGUUCGAUGCCAUUCAAGCCAUCGGCGCGUUCUUGUUCCACACUCUAGCGCGAGAUGAGGAGUUCCGCAAGUCCCUCGCCAAGAAUGGCGCGAUCGAGGCGGUUGCUACGGGCAUGCAGCUGCACAAGACCUUCUCCGAGAUGCAGAUGCAAGGUUGUCUUGCCCUCAAUCGCUUUGCCAGCGACGUCGCGCUCUUCCCCAAGAUCUUCAGAGCCAAGGGCGUUGCUGCGCUCUUCGACAUCUUGGAGCAUCAUCCUCAGAACAUGAGCCUUGUCACGCCUGCCUUCCAGCUCCUCGUCGAGCUCUCCUCCAAAUGCAAAGUCUCCGAUCGCCCGGAGUUUAACGAGCAAGCCAACGUCAAGGUGCUUGGCAAGAUGGUAAGGAGCAACAAGGGCAUCCUCCAGUAUGCCUGCUUCCUGCUCAAGAACCUGGCGUUCAGUGCCCCGGAGAAAGUGCUGAGAGAUGGAGGAGCAGACGCGCUAGUCUACUGCAUGAAGACCAACAGAACAGAGAUGGACCUGCAGAUGAUGUGCUGCCAUGGCUUGCGUGACGUGGUCAGCUCGUGCAAGGACUUGCAAGAGAACAUGCAGACGAGCAAGAGCAUGGUGAUGGAGCUGCUGUCCCGCGUCGAGAGAGACUACAAGGACUUUGAGUAUCUUCGUGUCCUUGCAAGCGAUAUUCUGAAUCUCCUCGAAGAUGCAGCCUGA